AUGCUCCUCCAUAACGCUUUCUGGUUGUUAGUUCUGGGCACGACAGCUAUAGCCUCGCAAGUCUUUGGCCGCCAGUCAAUCUCUCGGGACGAUAUCGACCCAAGCCAAAUACCCUCCCAAUGCGUGGACACAUGCCAACGUAUCAUCGAAACUUUCAAUACUUGCAUGACCAUCCAAUGCAUCUGUGCUCCAGCUGACCAAGCCGCGAUCCUCACCUGCGUCGACUGUCUUGCAUCAUUCAAGGGACCUAACACGCUCAGCGGGCAAGAUCUUCUCAGUCAAUACGACUCGCGGUGUGCAUCCCUCGCAAUCCACAACCUCGAUAUUGAGCUUCCCGUCCAGCCCUUCCCAUCCCGCGUCGUCAGCCAAUCCUUCGAGCUCAAACCCAUCUACGAAUUCGAACGGCAGCCCUUCUCCGACGUUGAGUACAUCUCCGAGCCCGACUCAAAGUGGCUCGGCCUACAACAGCACAAUCUCGAAGCACUUAUCCGGGAGGCCUCCAAUUGCGACGAUGUCCUCAUCACAAGCAAGCAGUACUCCAUGAGCGAAGCUCCUAAUCCCUGCAUUCAAAUUGAAGGCAUUGGACCUGUCGGGCUUCCUCUGAGCGCGCGUGAAGCACGCUUUCUUGUCGAGACGGCUCCGCAAGAAAUCCGGGCCCAGCGUCUCCGGAUAGAUAAUCCUGACUGGGAACCUUGGCUGAAUGCGGCUGCUACAUCUGCACUCCAGGCCUUGUCGUGGACUGGAGCUGCAUUGGAUCUAAAGGCAUUAGUUGUCCGGUCCUCAGAAAGUGCUUAUGCCCUGACUGAAGAAUGCACCGGACAGCUUUUCAUUGUGCUGCCCAGUCGAUUUGACGGGGGAGACCACGAGAUCCAUUGGUCCAACCACACGAAAGCCAUCAACGUUGCCGCUGGUAGCAGCCGCUCCACCACCGUUGUAGCUGUGGUAUCUGGUGUUGGGCAUUCGAUCCGUCCCACCAAUUCCGGCUACUCCCUCACUCUGGUCUACAACAUCAUUCCGAAAAAUACAACUCAUCUUUCAAGACGAUCGUGGCCUGAUAUGCCCCAGUCUAUCCAACGGCUUCGAACGAUCUUGCAAUCGUGGACGACGGACAAGGACAACCAGGGCGAUUUUCUCGCUCAUGUCCUUCGCCACAAAUAUGAGCGAGGUGUGAGGUUCAAUUCCUCGUCGCUUUCCGGCGUGGACGAUCUCCUGCUCACCUGCUUGGCCCCGCUUGCCGCAGAGCUUGGAAUCAGCCUCUAUCUCGCACAUCUCCAGACUGAGCAGUUUUACCCUACCGAAGCUCGCAACGAUGACUGGGAUGAGAAAGAACCUGACGAUGAAGAUUACGAGGAUUACGGCGAUGAGGAGAUCAUCACUCUUGUCAAAGAGGUGGUUGAUUUGCACGGACUACCAGUCCGCCUCCCGCAGUUCAAAACCAGAUGGGGGAAAGACUGGGACGAGGCCUUUCUUUGCAGCUCGUUCAUCGAGGACUUGACAGAGCUCAACAAACCGGACGAGGAUAAAAUCGAACGAACUGACGGAAACUUUGGUUUGCAUAUCAAGACCUGGAAACAUUGUGCUAUAAUUCUUUCGACACAUGGACCAGUCAAGGGUGACACGGGCAUCGGAGAGGUAUAUGACUACGCGUUUCAUCAACUUGGCGAUUCUCUAUCUCAAAAGCCGACCUCGCAUGAAAAGCGAAUCGUAGACCAGCUCAUUGCCCGCUGUCGAUUAUCAAAAGAACGGUUGGAGGAGACGAACUAUGAUGAUCCUGAAGAACUUGAAGCCAUUCGUGCGAAGGAGUCUAUCCAUAUUCGCACAUCGUUGAUCGUGUUGCGGGAUUGUGCCGAACGAUGGAACCAACCGGGUCUAUUCUUACAGGCGCUUGAAGCAUGCGAGGUGGACAAGAAUGUCGACAUUAUUGGGGCCGCUGCGUUCGUGUCUGCUUACAAGACUUUUGGAUGGCAGUAUUUGGUGGACUUUUGUAGUCGAAUCGUGAAGAACGAUGGCUCAAUAUCUAGAAGGAAUGCAUUCCUGGCCCAACUCGCACGUCUUGGCGCCGAAGAGGCCGACGCAGAACUGACUGAAUGGGUUCAGACCCAUGAGGAGCUAGUGCUCAAUACACUGGGAGAAGUUCUUAGUGACGAUAUUCCGCGUCUAGUCGAGAUUACCGUAUCCCGGGGGAGGAAAUUCUUCACUGACACUCUGCUUCCUCAACUACGGUCAAAAAGGCUCGAUACAUCUUUCUGGAUCGCAUUCAUUACCCAACUCAGUCUCGCUGCGUCCAAAAACAAUCAAAUUCAACACUGUCUGGGCCAAUGCGUUGAUCAACUCGUUGAAGGACUACCAGCGUUCCCUGUACAUGAUAUCAAAUCGCCUUAUUCGAGAGACCCAGCGGAAAAGGAUGUCGCCAAAGUUCUUCAAGUUAUCGAAGUCUGCUUUUCUGUUGGGGCUGCCAACGCCUGUUCGCGAAUAUUCCUUGACAUGCGCAAUGCCACUCGCGACGGCCAAUUCAAACGUGAAGCGCCACCUUGGCUCUAUUAUACUGAGCUCGUAACUCCAGUCUUAGCCCUGAUGCAAAACGACGAUGAAAAAUUAGAAAUAUUCAGGCCCUUCUUCGAAGAUGUGGUCCGUGUCUUAUUGAACGGAGCAACAGAUACGCCCAAUGGCUCAAUCACUGCAAGCGUUCUAAAUGACGCCCAACAAGUAUUAAUUAUCGAAUCCGUCAAAAAAGCAGGAGGAUUGGAGUUGCUUCAAAGUUUCACCGUGGAGAAUUUCAAGGGUCGGAGUCUUGACAUAGUGAUUCGUUUCAUUCGGCGAAUCGGAAUUGAAUUUCCGCGCACAACUCUGGACUCCGAGAUGUAUGACAAGACCAUGGGUGUCUUGGUCGGAAUCGCCACCGCCUUAUUCCAAUAUCCGAGCAAAAUACCACCAAUGAUCGACCUCCUGCGAUUGUGCUUUGACGUUGGGGUCCAAUCUCAUUGUGGACCCAUCCUCGUCCGCUUUACCCAGCUCCCCACUGGCGCUGACAUCAAAAGUCAUGUCUCGAGCAUCUUGGGCCCGUUGCUUCUUCAACUUUCCCGGUUCUUGGAGACGCUCAACAUCAAGUUGACAUCGAAGCCGUACAAUAAAUUCUCGGCUGCCGUCGUGAAAAGCUUCACAGACCAAGUCCUCGGCGACAAGCCCACUGCUGCAGUCCCGAGCGUGGGCCAGAUCGAAGCAAUCGGGUGUACUUGUAGUGACUGCGAAGAGUUGAGGACAUUCCUCUUACAUGACGUCAGCAACAGCCAUGCGUUUUCGCGUAAUGCUCCAGUUAGGUCACAUCUGGAGGAGGAGCUGGACUCGGCACGAAGGUGGGGCAUAACUUGGGAGACAAUCAAGUUGCGUACGCCGUAUACCUUGAAGAUAACAAAGCCUCCCAAUAUGGUCGCUCACGCCCAGUGGGGCGCAAACAGUUUUCGAGCGAAAGAACUGUUGCUUAGUCUAGGGGACUCCGUCGCACAAGCGGAGAUUCUGGGGGCCGACUAUUUCUCAGUCUAUACCAGCAUAUAUGGCGCAGAGCCGCAAAACCGGCUCAAACGCUCCCCGGACUCUCUGGAUGAUAGUAGAAAAGUGAAGAGACGUUAG